AAAUAUCUCUAAUAGUUGACUCUAAAUACAAAAUUGUAGUGUAAUAGCAAUCGCUCGCGUAUGUCCUAAAUGAGGCGUCGUUUGGUUUUAAAUUGCAUGUUUUCUUUCUCUUUCCAUUUCGCGUUGAGUCAAUAGGCUUCUCACACACCGUGCUCACUGAACAGGUAUCAACGCGACCAGCCACUUAUUAUCUAUCGGGCGCAAAAAUCAAGCGCUUUAAGAUGUUAGAAGAAUCAUCAGAGCCAGGGUGGCUAUCUGAAGAAGUAAAAACUGGGACCACCAUCAUUGCUAUUGAGUUUGAUGGAGGGGUGGUGCUGGGCUCUGACUCCCGAGUGUCUGCUGGGGAGACUGUGGUGAACCGGGUGAUGAACAAGCUCUCUCUCCUCCAUGACAAGAUCUACUGCGCCCUGUCAGGCUCGGCUGCGGACGCCCAGACCAUCGCUGAGAUGGUUAACUCCCAGCUGGAUGUGCACAGCAUUGAGGUUGGAGAGGAUCCUCAAGUUCGUUCAGCUGCCACUCUGGUGAAAAACAUCUCGUACAAGUACAAAGAAGAGCUGUCAGCGCAUCUCAUUGUUGCCGGGUGGGACAAGAGAGGAGGGGGACAGGUGUACGUGACCCUGAAUGGCUUGUUGUCCAGACAACCCUUUGCGGUAGGCGGUUCCGGAAGCGCUUAUGUCUAUGGGUUUGUUGAUGCAGAGUACCGGAAGGCCAUGAGCAAAGAGGACUGCCAACAGUUUGUUGUCAACACACUUUCAUUGGCCAUGAGUCGAGAUGGUUCGAGUGGAGGUGUGGCCUACCUUGUCACUAUCGAUGAAAAGGGUGCAGAGGAGAAAUGCAUCCUGGGCAACGAGUUGCCCACUUUUUAUGAUCAGUAAAAACUGUGUUGUGAAAACUGAAACACUCAAGUUGUCGUAGUUAUUGAACAGUGAGUGGACAUUUGGCCGACUUAUGAACAAACAGUAUUAAAUCUACACAGGAUAUAGAAUGUUUGAAUAAGGUUAUAAAUCAUGCUGGCACAAUGUUCAAUAUUCUCAUCCCCACAUCACUACACAUACUACUUUUGUAUUAUUCAUAAUAGUUAAGCCCUCUGUUGAAGACACUGAUUUUAUUUUGGGCACCCGGGGACCUCAUGCUGGACUGUGUCUUUGGGUGAUUCACAAGUCAAUAAACCAUCUCUCAAUUAAA